AUGUCAUUUUCAACGACGGCCUCAGUGUUUUCUCAACACGCGUUCAUGAAUCCUGGACCGGCUCCUGCCCCUCCUCCACAAUCUGCACACUCGUCUAUUUCCAAUAGUGGGGACAAGAACUCACAUCCACGUAAACCAUCAAACGCAAAUUCGCAAUAUUCACUCUCAUAUUCUAACUCUUCAUCAUCGCUAGCCUCAGCAAAUGGUUUAUCGACAUCUCCACGAUCUGCUACUCAAACUCUAUCUAAAGAUGACAGUUCAUACUACUUACACCAUGCUCCAACCUCAUCACAAUCAUCAUCUUCAUCAGCAAGUCCAACCACCACAGCUCACACUUCUAAUGGUUCGACCUCUUCUUCUAGCAAACCGCUGAAACCACCCAAACAGGGCUGGGUCUCUAUUAAAGAAGAUGGUUCAAUGAGGUUCAUGUGGACCAAGAAGUUUCUUGUUUUAAAGGAUAAUGUUUUAGAGCUCCAAAAGAACGAGGUAUGUAUUGAUUAG